AUGACCCUAAUCCUCAGUCCUAAGGAGAAAUCCUACUUCCUCAAGCGACCCGAGAGGCGGGGAAAACACACCACCGGAGGCCGGGUGGGCCGCCGGGGAACCACGGCUGACCUCAAGCGGCUGUUCGCACCCGCGGCGCGGGCCCGGGUGUCGAGUCCCCCAGAGGAUGUAGAUGAAUAUACCCAUUCCAGAUGGGAAACUGAGUCCUCUGUGGAGACUGGUUUAGCCUGCUACCCGCCCUUCUCCGGGUUAGACAGCACCUGGACCCUUGGCCACCCAGCUGGUAACUGUGGCCAAGCUGAGCCCGUGUUUGGAGAGCACCUCGGGUACAGAGAAGAUCUGCCGUCCAAGUGCUUCACAAAGCACAGGCGCAGGUCGCCACGCCCCACGUCACUGAACAGCCGGCGGUGGAGAUUUGUGAGAACGCGACUGGAUGACUUCCGGAAAGGCUGCCCGCCUUGCGGAGGUGUGAUCACUCAGGGCCCCGAGGAGGGCUUUCUCCCCCAGAUUUAUCACAGAGCUCCCCAACCUGCCCCGAAGAGGAGCCAGAGGGACAUGCUACCUAGGGAAGCAGGCCUGUGUUCCACGCUCUCACCGGCCCGCCAGGCGCGGAAGGACUUCCUGGCGGACGUUGAGGCCCAUCCGACCCCGCACCCCUCGGCUCUCUACCCGGACCUGGAGGAAGACAUGCCCGCAGAGGUGCUGGAAGUGCUGGAUCCUGACAGGAAGCUGGAGCACACGUGGGGUUAUUGUCAGGGCAUCCGGAAAAGAAUGAAGGAACCCACAAAACUUUUAAAAAAACGUUCUACCCAAGUCUACCUGGGGCGUCCCAAGAAGACUCCUGUGUCACAUGCAGGCCAAUGGCUUUAUGAAGGAAAGAAGCCAAGUGAAACAGAUCUGCUCUGCAAUGAUGGUCCACCACUUCAUGAAAACGUACGCAAAGGAGUUAGCGACUUCUGCAGCUGGGCUACUAAGUUUGGGGGCCUGAACAUUGAUGAGGAGUUCAUCCUGAAACAGUUUGACAUCGACUGUCAGAGCAAACCAAGCUAUAAUGUGCUCCACACAAUGAGACCCAGCCAGGUUCCUCUGGAGCUAAAGGAAAGGAUUGGGCUGAAUAAACUGCAGAAGCCACAGUUUUCCCAGAAACUACACUAUGAGCAGAGACUUCAGAAACCACAGAAUCCUUAUACACCAAAGUGGGUGAAGAUGAGGUACGGAGCAUGGUAUCUGAACACCAAGUUGUGGAAAAAGCAAAGAGCCGAUGAACCUUUGGUUGACCCCAAGGUCUUACGUAAAGCUCAAGAUGAGAAUAUUAAAAAGGAGCUAUGGGAACAGGAGGAGUUACUUGCAGACCUUCAUGGAACAGUUGCCUUUAAGGAUUUCAUUCUGAGCAGGGGCUACAGGAUGCCGAGUUUCCUUGAGAAGAUGUGUAUGAGGAAGGAAUGUAAAUGUGAAUGUAACAAGACUUCUGUAAAAUAA